AUGGAACUUUCAGACCGGUUGAUCAUAUCCAAGCCUUUAUAUUUCACUGAGCCGAGCGAGAAAUGCGGAUAUUGUAAUGGGAAGAAAUCGCAGAAUUAUGACUAUUUUGCAUCGGAGUCGUGGUGGAAGUUGCACGAAGAAGACGCCGAGUCGUUGCAGUUCAACAACUGCACUAUCGGGCUGCAGGUGGAGCUGAUACCGGUGGACAUGUACGACGAGCUGUGCAACCUGGGGUUCCGGCGGUCGGGGAAGUUCCUGUACAAGGCAGACCUGCUGAGGAACUGCUGCAGGCUGUACACGAUCAGAACGACACCGGAGAAGUGUCAGAUGUCGAAAGAACUCAAGACGUGCGUAAAGCGGUUCAGCAAACGGGUUGGGCGGGAAGCGGACGGGGUGGGGCGGAACAGAGGGCAGAACCCGAAAUUUGACUACAUCCAGGAAAUCAUACAGACGGAGCAAAAGAGCUCCAGUUUCCACACGCGGUUCGAACCGGCCACGUUCACGAUGGAAAAGUACCGGCUGUUCGUGAAGUACCAGGAAAACGUGCACAACGACUUCAAAAACUCCAUCAAGUCGUUCAAGCGGUUUCUGUGCGAGUCGCCGUUCCCGGAGGACGUUGUAGUUGGGACGCAGGAGGAAUGGGACCAACUCAACAACUGGCACAACAUGAGGCCCGGGGAUAAGCUGAAACGAGUCGGGCCUGCGCAUGAGUGCUACUAUUUCGAGGACAAGUUGAUCGCGCUGGCUGUAACAGAUUUUCUGCCCAGCGGGAUCUCGUCUGUUUACUUUAUCUGGGACACGGACUUUCAACGCUGGUCGCUGGGGAAGCUGAGUGCGCUGCGAGAGCUGAGCGUUCUGACCAAGAUUAAUCGCCAAUACUAUUAUCUGGGAUACUACGUGGACGACUGUCCCAAGAUGAAGUACAAGCGUAAGUACGGCGGCGACAUUUUGGAUGUUUGUAACAAUGAGUAUGUUUCUCUGGACCUGGUUGCGCCACUUGUCGAACAUGGAAAGCUGUUUGCGCUGGAUCACGAGGCGCGUCACCGAGAUAAGGACGAAGAUGAGGAUGAAGAAUAUUACGACGAAUACGACGAUGAAGAAGAUGAUGCUGGGGAGGAGUAUGCCUUGAACGAACUGCCUUUGGACAACGUGCCCAGACUGAAAAUAAACGGCCCGCUGGUGAAUAUCGUGGAUCGAAUAUACGGAGAGCAAGGUGGAGCGGUCAUGGCUGCUAAUGAAGCGGUCGACAAACUCGUGGACCUGGGCAUAGAGUAUACUCCAACGCUGAUAAACGACCUUUAUCAGCGCAAGGGUCUUCGUGUUUUCCCCACGGCACUGGAGGCAGAGUCACAGUACGAGGAAGACGACGGUGACGUCCCGGGAUACACGAAUGAAAUUUACCAUUUGCCGAAUGUGAUGCCCGGUCUUUUACCGCUGUGGCAGAUCCUGCAGAUAGUGGAGUCCGGUGACAUAACACGUCUGAACAACAAGCUAAUGCUCUACAAUGUUCGAAGCGGACAAAUACGUGUUGUAUCAGACUUUGCGGAAGAAUCUAAACGUACCAAACGUGUAAUAUGCAAUGUUAUUCGCAUGAUUGGCCUGAAAAGUACGGCCAAAAGUCUCAUUAUUAUCUGA